CUCUCUUGUGUUAUUAUGUAACACAAGAAUUGGAAUCUACGAUUUUCUCUCUCUUUGUUUCUUUUGUUUCACACUGAAGAAAACACAUACAUAUACGUGUAUUUAAUACCACUAAUGUAGUAGAAGAAGCAGGAGAUGAUUUUGAUGUUAAUAUUGAUAUGCUUGUGAGUUGUGUGUGAUAAUGAACAACAACGUUGAACAAUGAUCCCACACCUUGAACAGUGAUGCCACCAUUGAUUUUUCUACUUCUCAGCUUUGGUUCCUUCCUGCAUUGAAUUCCUCGCCCAAUCACCUUUCGGAUCUUCCUCGGGAUCUCCGAAGCCUGUUUGUUUCUCUCUCACUUUGCCGCCAUAACAUAAUUACCCACGUGGAAUUGCCACUCCCCUUUAGCCAAGUUUUCUUCUUUUUCACUUUUGGUUUUCUGGGUUGGUACUUGAUCAAGUGGAGUAACUCCUCUGCGAAUUUACUGGAGAAACUUCAGAGUGAAAUCUUUGCAUAUAUUAUGACAUAUCAUUGAUAAUUCAAUAUACAGCCAAGUAAUGAGCUGUUGAAAGUUGAAACCCUCUCUGUUGACAUGGGAUUUGGUUUAAGCCUUCGAAAGAAAAGCUCAAAGCAGCAAAGCAGGUCAAAGACAGACAAGGAGAGUUCUGAUUUGCCUCAACCCAAUCCAUGUUCAAAGGAUUCACUUAAGCUUAAAUCAAAGUCUAAUGUUGGUCAAGCAAGCAGUGAUUCUUGUCAUAAAGCAAAGCAUGAUGUAAAAGGAAAGGUUCAGCACUUGGAUAGUGCAAAGGGAAGUUCAACUCAACCUGAUGAACUUGUCAAGUACAUGUCUAAUUUGCCCAGUUUUCUCAAGCGUUCUGAUGGAGGAGAAAGCAUUCAAGGGAAGGCUUUAAAUGUUGGAGUUCUUGAUUGGUCACAUCUUGAAAAAUGGAAGAACAAACAAACACAUACAAAGGCAGAAGCUAGCAAUUUCACAUCAUCCAAUAGCAGUAAAGAAAUAUCCUCAAGGGCAGCCACUACAUCAUCGUCUGCCACUUCGGGUGGCCAUAAUAAAAAGCUUGAUGGUAGAAAAGUUUCGAGUUCUUCACGAAGCAAGGGACCUUAUAAAGAAGGCCUUCCUAGAAGAUCUAAAAUGUCUUCUCAGAAUGUCAAGCACUAUCAACAUUCUGAAACUGAAACAAAGACCCUUGGAGAUGAGCUUGGGAUGUCACCCUCGGAAUUUGGCAAAACUCAGUCAGAUACAUCACUUCGAAGGGUGAAAGUUAAUGACUAUGAUGAAAUAACUUCAGUAGUUGAAAGCUCUGCAUCCAAGUCCAGGCAUAAUGUGGUCUCACUAGUUCCGAAUGAAAAUUCAAGUGGUAGGGAUGUUGAAGAAAAGAAGAGGAUGGAGGGUUUACAGCAGCAUAGCCUCAAGAAAAAGGAGAGGAGUCUAAAGUCCAGUUCUGAUAAGAGAUUUCCAUCAUUAGAAUCAAAAACUAAAGGAGUCUCAUUUGAUUCUCAGAAGAAAAUGAUUUCCAGCAGCAGUGAAGCCAAGAAAAAGAUGGAUCAGUGGCAGGAGUCAGAUAUUGAUGCUGGUUAUGAACAAAAUCAUAGGAUGCCUAAUAAUAUUGUGUUGCUUCGUCCCCCAAGAGUUCUGCAAUUGAAAUCAGAAGACUAUUUUCAGCAUUCUCAAUCAAGAACUUCAUCUGAAGAAGAUUUUUUGGAAUCAAGCUGGAGUAGUUUGUCAUAUAUGUCCAUUCCUGAGGAGGUUUACACUGAAGAUGUACAUUCUAAAAUUCCUCAUUCAAGUGUACUGCCUUCUGUGACUGAGCUUGCUUCUUCAGAAACAUUGCAACAUAGUAUCAAUACUGAUCUAGAUAUGGAUCGUUCUUCUGUUUUAUCUAAGAAACCAGCAUGCUCAAAUAGCAUAUCUAGUCUCCAAUCUGAAAAUACUUGCAUUGAAAAGGAUGUGUUAGAUAUCAAGCCAAAAAAUCAGUGUGCUUUCAGUAAUGUGCUGGAAUCACUGGACCAUGAAACUGCUGAGCUGACACCUCAGAAUCCCUCAUCUAAUUGUCGGCUUAGCUUAAGCUUAAGCUUAAGCCGGAUUGGAAGAAGUUUUAGUUUCAAGGAAGGGUCUAUUUCAAAACUUAGCUCCACGUAUGUUGGUGCAAAGUCUGGUCCAGUGACACCUGAAUCUUAUGCUUAUUUGAAUAAUCAUAGCGAAGAUAUGGUAAAAGGUCAUAACAGAACUAUGUCCAGCCCCUUCCUAAGGUUAUUAGAUCCCAUAUUGAAGCGUAAGGCAUCAAACAUACAGUUUUCAGAUGAACAAAGUGUGACAUCAAAAGGAAGCAUGGAUUCCAUCAGCUUGAGGACAAUCAAUCUGUCUGAUGAAAAGAGCAAGGAAUCACCAACCCAAGCCCUUUUGCAGUUAACAAUAAGAAAUGGAGUACCUUUGUUUAAAUUUGUGCUCAACAGUGAAAGAAAGGUUCUUGCUGCGACCAUGAAGAGCUUAGCAUUGCCGGAGAAGGAUGAUGUAGACUGCUAUUUCACAUUCUACCUUGUUAAUGAAAUUAAGAAAAAGAGUGGCAAAUGGAUGAAUCAUAGGAGUAAAGAAAAAAAUUGUGGAUAUGUCUACAAUAUUGUUGGUCAGAUGAAAGUUUCUAGCUCUAAAACCACUGAAUCAAGCAACGAGAACUCCAAGAGAGAGAGUGUGGUGAAAGAAUAUGUGCUAAUGGGAGUUGAAGUUGACCAGCUAGAUCAAGAACCACCAGAAUUCUUCAUGAGCAAGGAGCUUGCAGCUGUUGUUAUUGAGAUCCCUUGUGAAAACGUAAAUCAUGAAGGACUAUCAUAUAGUCAUAACUUACUGAGAAAAAGAUGCUUAAAGUGCUUGGCAGAUGAAAAAUGCUUUUGCAGCUCACAAGAAAAUGAAAUCUAUGGCAACAUUACAGUUAUACUUCCUGGUGGUGUACAUAGUUCACCAAACACAGGACAACCUUCACCAUUAAUCCAUAGAUGGAAGUUGGGGGGAACAUGUGAUUGUGGAGGUUGGGAUGUUGGUUGCAAAUUGCUUGUUCUCUCUAACCAAAACCUUAGUUCAAAUAUUCCAAGGAGUUCAAAAUCUUACCUUGAGAGAUUUCAUCUUUUUGUUCAGGAAGGAGCUGAUCAAAACACACCCCUAUUCACGUUGGUUCCAUUGAAGGAUGGAUUCUACUCAGUCGAAUUCAGUUCAGAAAUUAAUCAUUUACAAGCAUUCUUCAUGUCUGUGGCAGUUUUAAGCAGCCAUAACUUGCCAAGUUCCUUGGAAAUCAAUAACAUGCAAGAAGCAAUCAAUAAAGAAUUCAGUCCCAAGAGCAACAAUGAACUUCAGGGGAAAGCACCUUUAUAUUAUAAUCCAAUUCCUCCAUACUCCCCUGCUGACAGAGUUUAAUAUCAGAAAGGGAAGGCUUUUUCACCAUCAAUCCAUCAUAGAUAUCUGUUAUAUAUUACCAUGAAGCUAAGGAAUUUCAAGUUAUUGCACUGCCAAUAAUUCUCCAUUUACUCCUUUAUUGUUUGAUACUAUAGCAAUACCACAGUCCUUCCCGCCAGAAUACCUGUUGUUGCAGAAAAUGGUAUUCUCACUGUAUUUUUGUAUUCAUUGUACAAAAGCACCCCUGCACCAAUACUAUCCUUUUACAAAAUACAACAUAAGACUAGUAUCCAUUGUAUAUCUUGAGCACUGUGAACUUGAAGAGCUGAAACUGUAAUUUGAUCAACAAUAGUAUAAGGCCGUGCCUCCAGAAAUCCUUUUAACUGUUCUAUACACUGGAGAUUCUUAAUGAUGUGUAAAUCAGUUAAGCAUUAUUACAUGACUCAGUUUUGACAUCAUUUCAAUAUCUCUUAUUGGAGAUGUUUACUUUCCAGUUUGUCCUCGAGCAUUAUAAUAAUAAUUUUGUAUAUAUGGUUUAAUGUUUCA